AUGCCCAGUGAACACGUCCAGUUUCACCAAGUGGCCUGUGACUGCACAAGUGCUGCACAGGGUAUGGCACUAACGCUGCAGCUGUGGCACACCAUUAUCACCAGCUCAAGGUGCCGCUUGGCACACACGGCCCGGCCGCCUGCCAGGCGGGGCCUCGGACAGGGCUCAGCAGGAGCGCAGCGGCCGCCACCAGGCCCAGCUCGGCCCGGACCAGCCCCAGGCCCCGGUCUGGCGGGAGUGGGCGGGCGAGCGCCGAAGCGAGCCCCCAGCCCCGCCAGGCCCGCCCCCAAGCGCCGCAGGCCCGGCGGCUCCUCCUCUGCGCAGGGCGGGGGAUCCGGAGACGGCUCGCCGCCGCCUCCUCCUCUUCCUUCGGCGGCUGCGGUGGGGAAGGCGGCGGCUGCGGGAGCUCCAGAGAGCGCGAUGGCGGCCAACAACGAGCGCACCUUCAUCGCCGUCAAACCCGACGGCGUCCAGCGUGGGCUGGUGGGAGAGAUCAUCAAGCGGUUCGAGCAGAAGGGCUUCCGCCUGGUGGCCAUGAAGCUGGUGCACGCCUCUGAAGACCUUCUGAAGCAACAUUACAUUGACCUGAAAGACAGACCGUUCUACCCUGGUUUGGUUAAGUACAUGAACUCUGGACCUGUUGUGGCCAUGGUAUGGGAAGGACUCAAUGUGGUUAAAACCGGGAGAGUGAUGCUCGGGGAAACAAACCCUGCAGACUCCAAGCCUGGUACCAUCCGUGGUGACUUCUGCAUUCAAGUAGGAAGAAACAUCAUUCACGGUAGUGACUCUGUGGAGAGCGCGCAGAAGGAGAUCAACCUGUGGUUCAAACCUGCAGAGCUCGUUGACUUCAAGUCUUGUGCACAUGACUGGAUCUACGAGUGAACUGAGUUGCCACAGUGACUUGUGCCUUCUAAACGCAUCAUCUCAUUCCAGCUACUACCUGGGAGCAACCACGGUUAUCUUAGUCGUUUUCAGCACUGUCAAAUAAAUUCAUAUGAAGUAA